AUGACUGAAUGGGUUGGCCAAUCGCCGGGGUUGGGAGCUGCGAAUGCGGGGUCGGGCUCGUGCCAUGCGAUAGAUGUGGGGGCUGGAAAAAGCCUUCGACAAUCGAGGAGUCGAGAGACUUGGGACAACGCGCCGGUACAACAAUCUCGUCGAUCUCACCCGCGAGAGCCGCCUGGGACACCCAAUUUCAGUUUGUGGCCCGUGGAUGUACCGAUAUCAGCUAGAAGAUCUUUCGCCCUGUUCCGUGGCCCGCCAAAGGCUGCCGACUUCCAAGUCUCAGUUGGAGUCCAUGAUGUACUCAGUAGAUUGGCUGGGGCGGAGAUCCAGCGUGAGCAAACGCACGCCGUUGCAUCACGCUUUACUCUUUUGGCCGAACUCGCAAAAGAUUGCGAGUUCGUUGAAUCCGGUAAGCGUGAAGGCCAAGACUUGAAGCUAGCCUGGUUAGCUUUAGCACACUACAUUGGCGAGGAUGGGUGGGGUGGACAUGGGAGGAUGGGAGUGGAUAAGAAGCUGCAGCAGAUGAACACCCCCCGGCGAGGCUUUACCUAUUUGGCCGAACUCGCAAAAAGUUGGGAGUUCGGUAAAAUAGUACGCCAGCCUGACCGCAAAAUCCGAGCCUGCCAGCCAUUGACAGCUCGCCGCGCCGACGCCUUGGUUCAAGAGACAUGCCCUACGCCCCCGGACGAUGCGGGUCUCUCUUCCGCGGUCCCAAGAGCUCCCUCCGCCGAACCCGACUCCGCCCUCCGACAAUCACAACCCGACGCUCCACGAAGAUAG